AUGCAAUGGAUACAGGCUGUAAAGGUUUGCCUGUCUCGUGAAGGCUUGCGCGAUGAUGCAAUGGAUACAGGCUGUAAAGGUGAUUCGCUUUUGUUUUGCUUACUUAGAGCAGCCAGGAUCCAGGAGUCACCAGCGAUGGUUCGAAAAUUGAAGUUCCACGAAAAAAAAUUACUGAAAAAGGUUGAUUUCAUAUCAUGGGAGCUGGAUAACAAUCUUCAUGAAGCAAAAAUCCUACGACGUUAUAAUAUCACUAAACGACAGCAUUACUCGAUGUACAAUACGCUCGCUGCUAAUGUUAGUUUUAUGAUAUGUCGGCGGGAAAAUCAAGAUAAGAUUAGCCAAGAUUGUGAUUACGAGGAUGAACAGAUCCCAGUGCAUUCUGUGUUUCAUCCCUUAGCUGCAAGCACAGACAAAUAA